UUCAACGCAGAAAGGGAGAAUAAGGUCUCUUCUUCAUAACCCUCUCCAAAUCCAUGACGAGUUCAUUCGCCUUAUCUCGCGAGAAUCCCUAACCUGUCUCCAUUCCGUCUGGUUCGAGUGUAGAUCCCUCUCUCUCGCUUGUAUGCUUCUUUCUCUCUCUCUCUCUCUCUCUCUCUCGUUUUGCUAACAAAUUUACCAGAAAAUCGAAGGAUCGUUGCUCGGUUGGAGAAAAGGGUUGCAUAUCGAAAUUUCCACAUCUCUCACACUCUCCGUGAAACGAAAUUUCUGUUGGUGGUUUUUUGAAGCUCGAUUGGAGAGUUAUUCUUUUCUGUGGAAAAGAGAACAUGUUUGCUGGAGUCAAAUACAUACCUCGGGAUCAGGUUAAUGCGGUAGAACCAGACAAGACAUUGGAUUCUUCUGUUAAGAAAAAGAAAUCUGGAAAUAGGAAGGGAAAACAUCGGAGGGAAAAAAGCUCUAGUUAUUAUAGUUCUGAUGAUGAAGAGAUUGAAAAACUUAGUAAAAGUUCAAGUAGGAAGAAGCAUUGGUAUUCCUCGGAUGAAUAUUCAACCUCUUCUCUGUCUGGAAGUGAAAGUGAGAGUGGUUCUGAUUAUGAUGAUAGGAAACAUCAGAAGAGGAGAAAAAAGAAGAAAUGUGAUGAGAGUUCAUCUGAUGAUAGAACAAAGAAGAGGUCAAAAAGAAGUAAAAAGGGUUAUUCAUCGGGAAAACCAGAGUCUGGAUCUGAAAGGGAAGGUGUUAACCAUUCUUCUGGUGGGAAAGAAAAGUCCAGGAAGGAAAGGAGGAUAUACGGAAUUGAGAAGUCCAAGAAAAGAAAAGAUAAACAAGCUAUUGGAGAGGACUUGUCAGAUGAUGGCGAAAAUUCUCCCUCUAUAGACAAAAAGGAACUAGCAAGGAAAGAGAUGGGACUAGAGUGGAUGGUUAAACCUGCACAAAUAACAGAGAGAACGUCUACACAAGCUAAUGACCACAUAGAGGAGCCUAAGUUUGAAGAGGUAAAGAAACCCAAUCCUAGAGAACUGAAUCCAUAUCUGAAAGACAAUGGAAGUGGUUACCCAGAAAAAGGAAAUGGGACAAAUAUUGGUGGGGAAGAGCAUUUAUCUUCUUCUGUUGUUGGAGAUGGUGGAGCUAGCUGGCGACUGAAAGCCUUGAAGCGUGCAAAAGAGCAAGCAACUAGGGAAGGGCUCAAGCUUGAUGAGGUUGUUGAAGAACGUUGGGGAUCUCUUGGGCAACUGGCAGUUUCUGCAGCAUCUCGUGCAGCUGCUCCUUCUCGUGCUCAUUUGGGUGCCAUAAAAGAUAGGAAGAGAGGGGUAGCAGAAAAACAUAAAAAUGUGGCAGAUGAUCAAAGCAAGAAUCCAGAAAAGUUACCUGGAGAGAGCCGAGAGUAUUUGAAGGAUAUUUCUCUCCGGCAUUCUGAGAUGAGGGCGCCUAGAGUUCAUGAUUCCUUAUCUUGGAGGAAGAGUAAGGGUCAAAAGAUGUCUAGUGAGGAUGCUGGGCUCAUCUCUGUUGCAGCAUCUAGCCUAAAUAAGUUUGCAAAUGAUGGAAGCUUUAUUCUUGAAUUUUCUCAUCACCAGAACAAAGAUGAUGGUUCAAUGGGUUCAUCUCAUGCAAAUUAUGAGAGGGAUAAGUAUACAGAUUCAGCAGUGGUUUCGUCUAAGACCGACAAACCUAGUGAAGAUAGUCCUGUUGUUACACAAGGAUUGAGUGUGAAUCAGUUGGCAGCCAAGGCGUUGCAGCUUCGUCUGAAAGGAAAGAAUGAAGAAGCCGAGAGACUUAUGAAAGAAGCAGAGAACCUAAAGGGGAAGCAGGAUGGUGGAGAUAGAUUUGUUAGCGAGGAAGCUAACGAAACUUCAAGAAGGGUUUUUUUGAGGGAUGUUUCUCUUCAAAAGAAGAAAAAAGAGGAGGAUGCCGAUGCACAUUUGGCUCAAAAAAUAAUGCAGAACAAAAAAUUCAGUGUGUCUGGUCAGGCUGAUGAUGAAUAUGAUUUUGAUGAUGGCCCUAGACGUAAGCGAAAACAAAAGAGAGGAGAGGAGCCUAAUCACAAACUAGAUGAGAGAAGACUUUCAAGUCGCAUCUUGACCCAGCAAGAGCGCUGCCAAUUUUGUUUUGAGAACCCAAAAAGGCCAAAACAUCUUCUUGUUUCAAUAGCAAAUUUCACUUACUUGAUGCUACCGCCCUGGCAGCCUGUUGUGCAAGGCCAUUGCUGCAUUUUACCCAUGCUGCAUGAAUCAGCCACAAGAAAUAUUGACAAUAAUGUGUGGGAGGAAAUUCGCAACUUUAAGAAGUGCCUCAUCAUGAUGUUUGCAAAGCAAGGGAAGGAUGUAGUGUUUCUUGAAACUGUUAUGGGAUUGGCGCAGCAACGACGCCAUUGCUUGGUGGAGUGCAUUCCUUUACCACAAGAUAUUGCGAGGCAGGCUCCUCUUUAUUUUAAGAAGGCAAUCGAUGAAGCUGAAGAUGAGUGGAGCCAGCACAAUGCAAAGAAGCUUAUUGACACAAGCGAGAAGGGUUUACGUGGUUCAAUCCCUAAGGAUUUCCCUUACUUCCAUGUUGAGUUUGGUCUAAAUAAGGGGUUUGUUCAUGUGAUCGAUGAUGAACAACAAUUCAAAAGCAGCCUUGGCCUGAACGUUAUCAGAGGCAUGCUACAUCUGCCAGAAGAAGACAUGUAUCGUCGCAGGAAGUAUGAUUCAGUUGACGUACAAAGUCAAGCAGUCUCGAGCUUUGCCCGAGAAUGGGGAUCUUUUGAUUGGACCAAGCAGCUUGAUUAAAGGUAUCUAAAUCCUUUCUUAUGUCCAAUUCUUUGCCGACCUGAGAAUCAUAUGCAUUUGAAAAAUGUAAUUCCGAAGAACUUGUUCAAAAUAAGGUCUGAUAUUUUGGGUCUGCUCGUCAGCUGGAUGACAUGAAACACGUUGACCAUGAGUUUUAUAGAUGGGCUAAUUUGAAGAUAGCCUUGUGGGUUCCGCCAAGUGACUGUCAGGCCAAAAACUGAUCGUCACAAAUUUUGGCCAAGAAACUGAGUAGUCAAAUUCUCAGGCCAAGAGGAUGGAUCAGCUGCACAACCUUUUCCCUGUAUUCUCAUUUAUCAUCAGUAGGGAGGAUGCAAUCUUGUUAUUGAGGUGAGGCAAUGUUGACAUUCAAGGUGAGUUCCAAGCUGCAGUGUGGGAAUUUUAAACGAUCGGCUGAAUGUUUCAGCGGCAAUGUGCGUAUCAAUGGUUUUAGUUGUGCAGCCAUCCUAGAGCCAGCAAUUGUAUCAUAGGCGUGAGUUCAUUAGCAAUUUUCAGUAUUUGAAAGAUUCUCUCUUUAGAAGACUAACUGGGAAGGAACUUUUUGUUCCAUGUUUGAGAAUGAGGCCCGGAAGGUAAAGUUUCUUGUAUUUAUUGACCAGCUAGUAUGCGACAUGGAAAGAUGAUUUGGCGAGUCCAACAAUUGAAUAGGAAUGAUACAGUGUAGAUUGGCUAUUUGUGAAAGGCAUAACUCAAUUAUUUA